AAAGGAAGACAGUUACCAUUAACUCGAAGUGAAAGUGACCCCCAACAAUUUAAGUGUUAUUAAACACUGUGAAUCUUCCAUCUCGCUGGCUAAAUUCAAGCGGAAAUUGUGUCUUUUGAUUACAGAAGGUAAAUUACAAGAACAGGUUUGAAGACGAAUGAACCAAAUGUCAACUAUACGACGCGUGGGUCACUAAUGAGGACGAAAUACUUACCAGUUGCUCACAGAAGAUGAGAAGAAAUAUGGAAAUAGGUACUCCAAAAAUGUAUGUCACGAAAAACUUUCAUAAAUACAACGAACAGACGAAAGGCGAGGGAGCCGUUGCAUAGAUAGACUAGCCACAAAUAAUAUUCAUACUACUACUACUACAUCUACCUUCCCGACAACGGCAAUCAGCCGAAAAUUCCCAUUUAAAGAAGAACAUAAUGAAAUAAGGAAAAAGACCUUAAAUAAGAUCUGGAAGAAAAGAGAAAAAGAAUUAAAGAGCUUAACAAAUAAAAAUAACUCUUACGAUUAAGAGGCGCCGUUGUAAAGGUAUUGCCUCGACCCAUAACCAACCAUCAGAUCUACUGAGGGAGGAAGUGGAGAAUAGGAAAGAUUUUCUAAAUGAAAUGUGGUAUUUCAGAGAGAAGAAACUCAAACAAGCACAAACAAAGGAGGAAUAAAACAAGCAAGGGAGCCGUUUUAAAGGCAUACAACGUGUACUACUACUACUACUGUCCGUUCCGUUGUCAUAACAAGUUUAAUCUUGACAACAUACUUGGUUGGUAUUGCAGCGUUUCAUUUUAAUAUUUUUACAGGAUAAACGAUCUGUUUGUUUUAGGUAAAACUGACGUAUAAUAAGAGGAUGAAUACAGCAAUGAUCAGUUAAGAUAUCCAGAAUGAGGAGGAAGAUUAGCCAGCCCCGCACUUCUCAAAAGAAAGUUAAAAAGGAGGAUAGUGAACAGGAUUGCAAAGAUCCUGUCUUAGCAACUACAUUCCAAGGAUUAAUAUUUCAUAUUCACCCUGCCAGUUUUGGUACUGGCCGACUGCAGAUAUUUGAAAAGCAAGUAAAGAGGUAUGGCGGACAGUUAAUCCAGCCUCGCCCAAAAUUUUCAGAAACUGUAACUCAUAUAAUAUUUGAAGAAUCCAUUGACUCUGAAAAAGCUCAGAAACUUUUAGAUCCAGUCAAUUUUCCUAAAGCUGUCUUUGUAAAGUGCUCCUGGUUAAGUCUUUGUAUAAAAACAAAGUCAAAAGUAUCUACAAGAGACUUUGAAAUUAAUGUGAGAUCGGAUGAAGUAAGAAAAAGUCAGUAUAAGAGUGAAACAGAUUCCUUGUGUAAACCAAGUACUAAUGUGGAAGGUGUGGCACAUACAGAAAAGGCAAGUGUUCAGCCUAAUGAAAGUCUUGAUGUUUCUAGAUAUAAUGAGGGUGAUACGUCAGAGGCCACAAGUCAAACUCAUAAAGUGAAUGACAAAGAGAAGCAAAGGAAGGAUGAAUUAUUAAGUACACAGAACCAAGACAACUUGGUUCACAGUAAUGAAAAUUUGGAAAAGGAUAACAAGAUUAAACUGUCAGAGGACCUUGUAAAUAAUGGAGAAAAUUAUCCUCUGAUCAAGCCUUUUCCCAAGAACUUACAGCAAAAAUUUGUUUGUUCACAACCAUCAAGCAGUCAGACCAAAGGUUUUAAUAGCCACAUCACAACAGAAUUAGAAAAACUUGCUGCAGCGUACAAGAGUAAAAAUGAUACUUGGCGAGCUGUAGGGUACGAGAAGGCAAUAUCAGCAAUCCGGAAUUACCCGCAUGAAAUAACUUCUAGAGAGGAAGCUCUUCAAAUUCGAGGUGUAGGUGCUCGAUUAGCAGACAAAGUUGCAGAAAUUAUUGAAAGUGGGAAGUUACGAAAGGUGGCCGAAGUGUGUGAAGGAGAAGAAGCUCAAACGUUACAGCUUUUCAUGGGUGUAUGGGGUGCUGGCCCAACUACAGCCCAAAGCUGGUAUAUUCAGGGAUUUAGAACUCUAGAUGACCUUCGCUCAAAAGCUACUCUAACUCGUCACCAGCAGAUAGGCUUGAAGUACUAUGAUGACAUCAACAGUCGAAUACCUAGGGAUGAAGUGGUAGAAAUAGAAAAUUAUGUGAGAGAUGCAGCUUUAAGUAUCAAGAAAGGUCUCAUUGUUACUGUUUGUGGAUCAUAUCGAAGAGGGAAACCAACUUGUGGUGAUGUAGACGUACUCAUCACCCAUCCUGAUGGUCAUUCACACAGUAUGAUCUUCAAGCCAAUUCUACAGAAACUGAGAGACACGGGAUUUUUGACUGAUGACCUUGUAAUUCAGGAAGAUAAUGGAGAUCAGAAAAAAUACCUCGGUGUUUGUUUACUCCCUGGUGAAAACAGAAAGCAUAGACGACUUGAUGUUAUCGUGGUACCAUACUCAGAACAUGCUCCAGCUCUCAUGUAUUUCACAGGAUCAGCACAUUUCAACAGAUCUAUGAGACUCCUCGCCAUCAAAAUGGGUUUGAGUCUGUCUGAGCAUGGUCUUCGAGCAGGAAUUGUCAGACAGGGUCGAGAAAAGCUGUCCACUGGUUGUCUUCUCGACACCCCAACAGAGGAAUCAAUAUUUAAACACCUGGGGUUGGAGUACCGAUCACCAGAGGAACGUGAUCAUUGACUUUGUAAUGCAGAGACACAGGAUUUUUAAUUGAUAAUUUAAGAAAAAUCUAUACCGGUCCAAUAUCUUUUAAUAUGCUAUUACUGAAUUUUUAUGUGACCUGCAUUCAGUAAUUAUUCUUCUAUAUAUUUUCAUUUGCCUAUAUUUUUGUGUGCAUGUGUUGAUUUAUGUUAACUUUUCUGUGAUUUUGUAGUAUGAUUUUACCUAUAUUUUUGUGUGCACGUGUUAAUUUAUGUUAACUUUUCAGUGAUUUUGUAGUAUAAUUUAUAAGCAAAACAGUAACUAAAGAAUUCUGGUGCUACAUUAAAUAAGUGUUUUGUUCGUUUUUAGUCGUAAAUUAUUAGAAUAGCUUCUUAUUUAAGAAGGACUUUUGUGACAAAAUUAGAUAUUACUUACAUUUGGAUGUAUAUAUGUAUUUUGUAUUUUACUUUUUAAGUUUUAUUGUUUUUAGUAAGCUUUAAUAAACCUGUUAUCAUUACAAAACUAAUAAAAUACAGUGAGUGAAGGACUUGUAGAAUGUUGUUUUGACUGUGAUUCCAUUUCAUAGUAGGCAGAUAUAAUUUUUACUAAAUUUGUAGGACAGAAAGAUUUUUAUAGUUUGCGUGAUCUAUGGUCAUAAGUUAUUUCAAGCAUAGUAAUAGAUAAAUGCAUAUAGUGUAGUUGAACAUGAUUCCUAUUUUGAGGAAUUUCCUUCAUAACUUAUUGUGUGGUUAAUAUUUUUUUAUUUUUGAGUAUAGUUGGGGAGUUUCAUGUCUAUCACUCAAGUUAUUUCACUUGAUGCAAGGAAAGUCAACAGAAAACCUCUUCAUUUUUUUAUAUCAACUGGUUAAGCAGAAUAAUAAUAUUUGCUGGUGUUUGUUUCAUCUAGCCCCAUCAUACAGCCCACAUCCUUGGCCCUCAUAUGUUACCGGACAAUGAAAAGUCUAGUUCAAAGGACAGAGGAGCAUUAUCAACUAUUGCAGAAACUCUCCCAAGAUCCUCUAGUGUCACUACUCAUGGCUAUCACUUUUCAUGGUCUGUGCCACAUUUCACACCUUUCAUCACUGCUUUCAUCACUAUUUGCACUGCCUUUCCAUUAUUACUAUAUUAGCACCUGUGGCUUGGGUUUUUUGCUUUAAUUUCAUUGCUUUGCCUUUAACUUCCUUUUUGGAAUAUUUCAGAAAUUUAUUUUUACCUAAUUAUCCAUGUGCUUAUAUAUGCUCUUUCAUAAACAGCAAAAGCCUUUAAAAGGGGCUGUGCAAGUUCCACACUACAGAAUAUAUCUUAAAAAUCUGUGAUCUGUACUUCUGCAUUUUCUAAUCCCAGCUUGUUCAUCACUAAGCAUUUAAUCAGCCUAUUGAAGGUAAUCCUGUUGAAUAUUUUCAUCCUAACAUAAGUUAUCUUUCUUUGUUGUCUUUGCUGUGACUUCUAUUCCCUUUCAUCAGGCUUUGUUUCCUUGUUCCAUAUUCUGCAAAACUAUCCCACAGUAUGGAAGGUGUGUCCAUUCAGCUAUACUGUACAUAUAUAUGUAUUCAUUUUUCCAGUGAUUUCAUCAUAGCCCAGUGCUUUCCAUCUCAUAAGUGUUUUAUUACUGAAUCCACUUUAAAAACUUUGCUUUCAUCCCUCAGUUCAUUAAAAUCUUUUUCAAUCAAGUUAUCGCCUUCAUAUAUCUUGUUCAAAGAUAUUGCGAAAAUGUUCUGCUCAGCAUUAUCUUUCCUCUUGUGAUGUUAUUGAUUACUUUGUAAUAUCAGGUAUUUUCCCCUUUGUUUUCACCAAUGGAUAUCUCAUUGCUAAUUCUGUGGAUUACACUAACACCAUUGCUAAUCCUUGAAAACGUGGCUCUGUCAGUAUCUGCAUGUUUUUCCAGAAAUUCGUACUUAUCUCUUCAUAAUCGAGACUUGAGUAUGUACUAUUUAGUAUGCUCCACUUUGCUCACUUCAUCUCCUACCUAGUAUUUUAUUAUUAUUAUUUAUUUUUUGCAAGUACCUUACCACCAUUUGAUUUUAUUCUCGUAUUUAUUGUGCAUAAUUUAAUGUAAACCGUUAAGUACAAAUUUUUCAUUUUUAGUGUUAAGCAUAUACACUGUUUACAUUAUUUUUCUUGCCUUCCUUUGAGUGCCAUUCUGUAUGAUCACAUGUGCUGUAGGCCUCUUCUGGCUUUGUGAAUUGUACCCAAACUAUAACAAUAUCUCCCACCCCUUCUUACCCCCCCCCCCCCCACACCUCAUUUUCUUUCUUUGGUGUUGCAUAAUUUGUAUUACAUUGGUCAUCCCUUGGCUUCAUUCAUGACAAAGACAUUCUGCUGUAGUUAUUUCAUGUCAAUGGUAAUGAAGCAACUGUUUCUAAAGUAGCAGAUAGUGAAAGUAUUGCAAUCUUACUAGCUUUGAUUGUGAAGAGGAGUAGGAUGCAGGAAGCAGUGAAGAAGCACUUAUCAUCCUAAUCUUCCAUCGUAUGCCUCCCACAGCGAUCUUGUUGCAGUUGUCUUGGCUUUUGUAAUGGAUUUCCACCCAGCUUUAUUUAAAACUAAAAAGUCAGCAUUCAGCUGAGAAAUGCUAUAAAUGAAAAUAGCACAGAUUGAGAUAUAUUUUAUUGUUCUUUGUUGUGGAAACCAACAUUAUGAUUCAGUGUCAUUUGGAUUUUCAAGGUUACACGAAUGGAAAGGCACAACAUGGCUAAAUUGUAUGUUUGUAGUUGUUUCCUUGCUCUUGAGAGGCAACAAAAAAAUGUUUACUUAAACAUUAGUCAGAAGACCCUCUAGUAUUGCCUGUUCUUGAUGAAUUAUAUUUCAUUUACUGUCUGCUGCAUUUCUUUGACAGUAGUUUGAUUCCUGGAUAUCAUACCUGGUUCAAGAUUAUGAAUAUAAUGAGUAAGAUGAAGGAAUUAUUAUAUCUUUUUGAAAACCUCAUUGAUGUUGUCUAAACAUCAAUGAGGUCUGGCAUCAAACUGUAGAUGCUGUAUGCCUGUGAAACUGGUAUGGUGAUUUGUUUAUUAUUAUAUAUGGUAAAUCUAUCAGAUUCUCAAGAAAGGACCCACAUGGAAAAUCAGAUGCAAUGGUUAGAGAAAAUAAUGUAGAAAUUAUAUAUUGAUAAUGUGCAAGCCCUUACCUACAGCCUUUCUCCGUCAAAAUCAUUCCAUUCCAACAAUGUCUCUCUUGGAAGUGGCUGAUAAGUGAGAUGUCUUGGUUCAUACGAGACUGGAUGAUGGGAAAAGGUUCUCAUUCAAAAAAAUUUAUUAUUAAAAGGAUGAGGCGAUAAUGGAACCAGAUAUUGUGUAUGUUUACAAGGAAAAUAAAUGUAAUUUGCAAGUUGGUUUUGUGAAAGGCUUACAAAAGUUCAGGCUGUAUUAUACAUACUGUAAAUAUAUUACUAUUUCUUGUAAAUGCAGUUUAACUGUAUGCUUUUAAUAUAUAUCUAACUGUUAAUGGAGAAAAACUACCAAAAGUAGUUUUGUCUCCAUCCUAUAAGAUGAAUACUGGAGAAAUACACAAUAAAUUAAGUAGCUAAGUAUGGAUGUGUGUCUGCGAAAGUGAUCGUCCCAUUGUGCCUUACAGCUUUCCACAUUUUAGAUGUCCUUCCUCUGAGACAGAAAAAUUCGAAGAAGCCUUGCUACCUGUGUCUUACUAAUUGUACAGCAAUGAAUAGGAAUGAUACCAGAAACUACUGCAAUGAAACUGAUUACCAUUCACCUAGUAUGUUUCAAGGACUACCAUGCUAUUUGAGUUAAAUUGUAAUGAUUCAUUUCGUUUUCCCAGUUAUGAUUUUAAACUGUGUAAUAAAUAUUUUACUGGAGAAAA